CCUAUGGUCUCUUGCUGCCCCCAAAGCGCCAUCGACGAGUCUCCUCCACCCGACAAAACUAACCCUAUCUGCACCGCAAAAGCCAACCUCCCUUCAUAUAUGACAUGACAACGCCACUGCCCUCGUUUCUGACGCGCUUCCUUCCUCCUCCUCCUCCUCCCUGCUUCGACUCUUGCCUCUUUGUUCUAAGAGAGGUAGCAGGCAAAGAUGGCUCAGAUGAUGGUGUCACCUAUGCAAUGUCAAAUCAGAUUUCCAAGCAAAUCACUUCAGGGAAAGCCCAUGAUAACAUCAAAGAUGUGGAAUUCUCUACUGUUAAAUGCUCAAAGGUUUAAGACCAAAAGGAGCGUUUCUGCAUUCAAAGUGCUUGCUGUAAAGUCUGACAACGGCGUCGUGUCGAGAUUGGAAGAUCUACUUAAGCUGGACAUGGCCCCAUUCACUGAUAAAAUCAUCGCAGAAUACAUCUGGAUUGGAGGAACUGGCAUUGACAUCAGAAGCAAAUCACGGACAAUAACAAGGCCUGUGGAAUACCCAUCGGAGCUACCAAAAUGGAAUUAUGAUGGUUCAAGCACUGGGCAAGCUCCUGGAGAAGACAGUGAAGUCAUUCUAUAUCCUCAAGCUGUUUUCAAGGACCCUUUUCGAGGAGGGAACAAUAUUUUGGUAAUUUGUGAUUCAUAUACCCCAAGCGGAGAGCCCAUCCCUACAAACAAGAGAUAUCGGGCUGCUCAGAUAUUCAGUGAGCAAAAGGUCAUCGAUGAAGUUCCUUGGUAUGGAAUAGAGCAGGAGUACACCUUACUACAGACGAAUGUGAAGUGGCCGCUUGGAUGGCCUGUGGGAGGAUACCCAGGUCCUCAGGGGCCGUACUACUGUGCAGUAGGUGCAGACAAAUCAUUUGGUCGUGAUAUUUCAGAUGCUCAUUACAAGGCCUGUUUGUAUGCUGGAAUCAACAUAAGCGGCACUAAUGGAGAGGUUAUGCCUGGACAGUGGGAAUAUCAGGUUGGGCCAAGUGUAGGAAUUGAAGCAGGAGAUCAUAUAUGGUGCUCGAGAUACAUUCUUGAGAGAAUCACGGAGCAAGCGGGUGUCAUACUCUCUCUUGAUCCAAAACCAAUCGAGGGGGACUGGAAUGGUGCAGGUUGUCACACAAAUUUCAGCACCAAGAGCAUGAGGGAAGAAGGUGGAUACGAGGUGAUCAAGAAGGCCAUCCUCAACCUCUCGCUCCGCCACAUGGAUCACAUCAGCGCGUACGGGGAAGGCAACGAGCGACGCUUGACCGGGAAGCAUGAGACCGCCAACAUCAACACCUUCUCUUGGGGAGUGGCGAAUCGCGGCUGCUCCAUCCGCGUAGGGCGCGACACCGAGAAACAAGGCAAAGGGUACCUGGAGGAUCGUCGCCCGGCAUCGAACAUGGAUCCCUACGUGGUGACGUCGCUUCUGGCCGAGACCACCAUCCUUUGGCAGCCAUCCCUGGAAGCAGAGGCGCGUGCCGCCAAGGAGUAGUUGCAGUUGCAGGUGUGAAGAUCACAUGUUCGACAAAAUGGCACCCAUCACCACCUCGUUUGGCUUCCCCUUUCCCAAGGCGUUUCUUAUCGUGUGUUCUGCGUCCCUCCUUUGGAUGUCAAUAACGAACGUUCCCCCGGUGUUCAGUAAAUAGAGUUGUCUCGUGGAGUUGCAGUGAAAGAAGGUGCCGCCGGGAAUGUUCCAUACAA